AUGAAACGCGAAGAUUACGAUGCAAAGAUGGAAGCACUAAUCGGGGACCAAAGCACAUAUUCAAGCCUAGCUCGCGAUCCUACAAACGGUUUUCAAACUAAGAACAACGAGUUCGCAAAAAGGUUAGCAGAUUUAAAAUUAAUCAACAGGGCAACAGAAUUAAAGCUAAAAACGUACAAAGCAACCGCCCCUUGCAUCUACGGGACACCCAAGGCACACAAAGUAGGCUUGCCAUUAAGACCAGUAGUACCAUGCAUGACGUCACCAUCUUAUGAAUUGUCCAAAUAUAUAGGACGAAUACUCCAAGCAUCGAUCAACAGCAAAUACAACGUCAAAGAUUCGUUUGAGUUCUGCGAUUUCAUCAACAAUGUUGUACUCCCACCGGAUCACAUCCUCGUUUCUUUCGAUGUUGUUUCGCUUUUCACCUGUAUCCCCCGAGACCUAGUUCUCCGCAACAUCAUCUACAACUGGGACGCGAUAAAGAAGAACACGAACAUAAAUUUGGAUAUGUUCCUCGAAAUCGUUAACUUCUGCAUGAGCUGCAGUUACUUCAGAUUUAAAAAUAAAUUCUACCAGCAAACAUACGGAACGGCGAUGGGCAAUCCUGUGUCUAGCCCGAUAGCUGACUUUGUGAUGGAAUCACUUUUAGACAAUGUCACACGGACACUCGAUUUCCAGAUCCCGAUCCUAAGGAAAUAUGUUGAUGACCUACUGCUAGCCCUACCAAGAGAACAUGUCGAACAGGUAAGAGAAAAAUUCAAUCAAUACCACCCGAAAAUCCAAUUUACGGUCGAGAUAGAGUCAGAUUAUCGCCUCCCGUACUUGGAUCUGAUAUUGAUCAGGCAGCCAGACCAAUCAAUAAAAACCGAGUGGUAUCGAAAAGCGAUAGCGUCGGGUCGCUUUUUGAAUUUCAGAUCGGCUCACAACACACGGCUCAAAAUCAACACGGCUCUGAACUUCAUAAAACGUGUGAAAAUCUUUUCGACAAACAUUUCCCCCGAUGCCGCACUUAAGUUGAUCCAUGAAAAUUUGAAGUUAAACGAUUACCCUACAGCGUUAAUAAAUAGAUUAGUGCAGAAAGCGAACGAAACCGACACCACCAGCCAAAACACACAAGAUACACCCACACAACAUUACCGAUCCAUACUGAACAUCGACGGCCUAACUGCGAACAUAGUUCGUUCACUGAAAACAGACUAUCCGCAAGUACGCAUCGGCACCACGCAACAACAUACAAUACGCAGCCUACUGCCUGUGGUUAAGGAUCCGAUACAACCGAUCGAUCGUUCCAAUGUGGUAUACAACAUCCCGUGCGCAGGCGCAUCCGACCGUAACGAGACAUGCUCAAAAGUUUAUGUUGGGCAAACUAGCUACAAACUUCGUACUAGAAUGUCCAAGCAUAAAUGCGACGUCACCAAAUUGAACCGAAUCAUCGCCUCAGGGUCCACAGCAUCAGACCCAGCCAUCAGAGAGCUACGACAAUCGGCCGUUGUUGAACAUUGCUUCAACCAGGGACACAUGUUCGACUUCGACAAAGCCACCGUUCUCGAUAGCUCCAACAAGCACCGCCGGCAUCUAGAGGUACUCGAAAUGUGCUAUAUUCAAAGCACUCCGAAUACCGUAAAUAUACAGAACGACACAGACGGAAGAGCGAUCUCCUACGGCGGAGUGUUCCACACACUCUCUCGGACUGCUCACAAGCACUCAUCGGCGCCGGUUUCUGGCUAUGAAGAAGAAACCCAAACAACAAUAACAAACUGUGAGUCGAGUGGAUAA